AUGGAAAAACUAAACUCGGAAGAUGGCCAGCUUUUCAUCAAGAACCUUGCCAGUUUCGUGCGCACUCAUGAGAAGGCGUUGGCCAACGCCCUGCAACUGAGACGCCAGUCUGCACCCUCGGCUGGCUAUGCCUCUACUUCGUCUACACUUGCUGCGGCUCUGUCUUUUGGCGCCCUCAAAUUCACCUCGCAUAAUGUUAAGCCCGCUAAGCUCACCCUAACCCCACACCACCUCUUCUACCUGCUCUCGCAGUUUGAGGAGCUCUCUAUUCCUGUCGGCUCCAUGAACGUCCGCCUGCAGAACAUCCACAAUGACUCAUCUUCGGCCUAUGUCUCGUUUCUCAACCAGCCGCGUCGCUCCCGUGGUGAUCGCGACUCCAUUCAUUCCGUCUCUAGUGUUCGCAGCGUCAUGUCCGGCAUGGGCUCCCUGUGGUCUUCCUUUGGCAUCGGCUCCAAGGAUGCUUCCAAAUCCGAAAAGGCCAAGGCCGCUUUGGACACUGACCUCAAAUACCUGUAUUCUGCCUUUACUAAAAUCCCAUGCCUGCGUCUGGCCCCUGACCACCGAGCCCGUCUCAUCCGAGGAUACGAGGAAUUCCCGUUGGACACUGCCGUCCCGCUCCACGCCUUCAAGAACUUGAGUGCUCUAGAAAUCAUCGAUAUCGACUAUCGAUCUUUCUACGGAUGGGACCGACUCUCCGAGCAGCUACGCACUUUGACCUUGAAACGAGCUCAUCUCGAAGACCCGGCUGAUCUUUUGACCAAGGUUGUUCUGGACGACAUUGACAAGCGCCGACGACGACCCUCCAGGUCACAGGCUUCCCCGGUGCUCGGAGGAAGUGGACCACAGCCAGUGUGCAAGCAUGAACCCAGGGUUCCAAGUUCCGCGCCGGGAUCGCCCGCGCCUGAUUCAAGCCUCGGUUCCAGUACCAGUCCCAAAGCCGUGCCAAUGAUUCGAGGAGCUUCCGACGGAGAACGUGGACACCGACGCGCUGGAAGCUACUCACCUACGCGACCCCCGACGGCAAGACAGACCCGUCAUUCUCGUGCCUACUCAGUCAACAAGCUGGGGCGAUCUGGCUCUGGAAGUUCUCAAAACUCGAGCGAGGUAUCCCUACCUGCCAAUCGCAGCUCAUCCAAUCUGUUGACCGGAGUGCUGCCCGCCACUAAGUGGCGAUUUCUCCGGCAUCUAGGACUAGCUGAUAACUCGUUAACAAGCAUAUCCGCAAACAGCUUCACUCCAGUAGCCAACACCCUUCAUUCCUUGGACUUGUCGUCGAACCUGUUCACUCAGGUUCCCGAGAGUCUCGCGUCGCUGGUCGCCCUGCGAGCGCUCAACUUGUCCAACUGCAUGAUCGACUCGUUGCGAUCGAUUGCAAAGAACCCACUGCCAGCCAUCACUGCUCUGAAUCUUCGAGGAAACCGCUUGUCAUCCCUUGCCGGGAUCGAACGGCUCCUCUCCCUUGAACGCCUGGAUCUGCGAGACAACGACUUGACCGACCCCACCGAACUCGCCCGACUGACUGGUCUCCCUGAGAUACGAGAGAUCUGGAUAUCGGGAAAUCCUUUUACUAAAACCCACAGCGGACACCGAGUUACCAUUUUCAAUCUGUUCCGCAGCACGCCCGGAUACGCCGAAGACAUCAUCAUUGAUGCCUCGGGCCCAGGAUAUAGCGAGCGCAAGCAGUUGGUUGAACGUGCUGCUGAGCGUGAGUCUGCGCCUGUUAUUCGCUCUGUUGAGCCUGAAUUGGAGAGGACGGUAAGCCGAGCGCCGGCUCCAACUCCAUCCAUCAAGCAGGUCGACCGAGUGGAAGGGUCAGAGCGGCGAAAAAAAAACUCCCGCCGGCGGAUCGUUGAUGCCUCCGGCGAACCAUCUAUAACUGGAAAUGGUGUUGAUCCUUUUCAGAGCAAUAUAAUAACCGGGACGCCGUUCACAGAUCCCUUUACAGAAGCUAGUGACAAAGCUUCUAAGAAACCAAACGCGAUAGCAAGCGUUGAGCCGGUGAAGAAGGCCGCUGUUCCCCUUCCUCACAAAGACAAGCCGUUGCCUGUCAUUCCCGACCUUGACUGGCAUGCCACAGGCGAUGCCUACCGUCAAAAGCUAGAAGCCCUCCGACAAGAUGUUGGCAGCAGCAGUGCCUGGCUCGGUGUCCUGAGCGAUGAGACUUGGCGACAGCCAACUGUUUCAGUGCCUCGCACCGGAACGGGUUUCGAUACACCCAUGAUGCGACCUACCGCUAUGAAUAGGCCUGGGAGCCAAAUGAUUAUGAGCGGGCAGACUUUGAGUUGA